UUACUUAAUUCAUGCCAUGUCUAGUCAGUGGCACACUUUUGCAGUUCCUUGUUCUAUCAGUGUUGCAAAAAUUGGUGAAUACAUUGAAACUGUUUCAGUGAAAAAUGUGAAUUGAUUCGAUUGUAUGAAGCGGUUUUAACUAUGUUUUGUGAUUGUGAACGAGUGAAAAAUGUGUUUUCGUAAAAAGCGCAUCAGGUCCUAAGUUCAAUUAAAUUAUUGCAAAUCUGCAAUUCUGCACACGACACGAGCGAUUCUAAGUCACAAUGUAAUAAAUGUAUAUACAUAUAAAACAGUGUAGCACCGCUUUCAGUGUUAAAUAAGGAAAGAAACUAACAUUGCUUAGUAAAUGCUUCAAAUUAUGUGUCACAUAACAGCGAGCGAGAAGCAUGGCGGAGGAACAGGCGUGCCUCGUGCGCGCUCGCUCUGACUCCGACUCACCCAAGAGCUUCGGGUCCAUAGCUCGCACCAUGGCCUACACAGAGGACAGACUGACCGAAGGUACCGGCGACCCAGGUACAGUCAGCAUGACUGUCAACCCACCCGAACCCAUGGACAAUGAAAGCGGCGAGCUCAUAGACUACAGCGAUACUAGCGCUUUAGACCAGUUCCACGAAGACGCGCUGCGACAGGCCGGCUGCGGUAUAGCCCAGCUGAAGGUGUACCUAGCAUGUAGUCUGGCGCUCGCCGGCGCGACCUUAGAGCUUUCAGCAGUGCCCUUUGUGUUACCCUCGUGUGAGAUCGAGCUGUGCAUACUGCCACAUGAGAAGAACUGGCUUGUGCUGAUAAGCCUGGUGGGCGGGUCGCUGGGCGGCGUGGGGUGGGGCGCCCUGGCCGCGCGGCUGGGGCGGCGGCGCGCGCUGGUGUCGGCGCUGGCCGUCAACGCCGUGUUCGCCGCCGUCGCCGCCUUCAUGCCCACAUACGGCACCUUCAUGAUGGCCAGAUUCUGCUCUGCCAUCGGCUCAGGCGGUCUGGUACCGACUUGCUACUCCUACUGCUAUGAGGUCUCCCCGCGACCGCACCGCCGCCGCCUGCUGUCCAUAUUAGUCAUCGCACACGGCGUGGGGGCGCUGCUAGCGGCCGCCCUCGCACACGCAGUGCUGCCACCUACCGGGGCUGACGCUCUGUUAGACGACAAGGAACAUUUCUCGGCGUGGCACAGGUAUUUGCUGUUAUGUACGCUACCAAUCCUCGCUUCGCUCGUGUCUCUCAUAUGGACGCAAGAAUCGCCGCGGUAUUUGCUAGAUGUCGGCAGGGAAGUCGACGCCAUGUUGGUCUAUCAGAGCUUGCACCGCGGCAACCAGGCGGGGUGCUGCGCGCCGGGCGCCGAGUACCGGCCCGGCGCGUUACAGCUGCCCCCGAAGCGCCCCGCCGCGCUACACCACGUCAGGCACACCGUUAAGAUGUUUUGGCAAGCGUUCUUCCAACUGUUCUCAAGCGCGUACAGGAACACUACGUUUUCCCUCGGCGGGGUGAUGCUAUUCUCAAUGGCCAUACAGUUCUUCCUGGCAUCCCACAUACCAUCAGCCGUUCUAUCCAUAGAGAACCAAGAAUUCGAAGCGUCGAAAAAAAUUAUAGAAAACACGACAUACGAAAACCGCCAUUACAACGAAACGCUAGAAAACGUGGAAUACAGAAACGUGACGUUCUAUAAAUGCAGUUUUAGAGAUAUGAUGUUAUCGCAUGUGGGGUUCAAGAAUUGUUCUUUCUACGAUGUCGCGUUUUCAAAUAUCAAGACGUCUUAUGCGUACUUCACUGGGUCGCUGUUUGUUAAUACUACCAUAAUCGACACAGACAUAACAGUGGGCCGCGAAAUCGACGCGUGGUCCGAACUGCGCAACACGAUCAUACGAGGCAUGCGCCUCGCCUGCCUCCGCGAGGCACCUCUAACUUGGAGGCUAGCCGGGGCAUUAAGGGAGCAGGCACAUGCCGCCCUAGCAACCAUGUUAGCUGGCUUAUUCGCCGCCAUUUUCGCCCCAACGCUGGCUUUAAGGGGGAAAUUUUCACCGAAAGAAUGCAUGCGCCUCGCCUGCCUCCGCGAGGCACCUCUAACUUGGAGGCUAGCCGGGGCAUUAAGGGAGCAGGCACAUGCCGCCCUAGCAACCAUAUUAGCUGGCUUAUUCGCCGCCAUUUUUGCCCCGACGCUGGCUUUAAGGGGAAAAUUUUCACCGAAAGUGAUCCUGUGCGCGAUUUGCGUGUUGCUGUCUCCCUCUAUCUACGUGGUGCAGAGCGAGACGGCGCUAUACGUGGUGGAGGCGGGAUACAGGGUGUUCCUAACACUGGUGUUCUACAUAGCUUGCGUGGCCAUCGUCGACUCUUAUCCCGCUAAUUUGAGGUAUAGUACAUUAUUGUCGAGAUGCACGGCGCACGGGCUGAUAAUGUCCGUGGCUUACCUCGGCGGUGCCGGCGUGCGCGGGCUGUGGGCCGCGCCGCCCGCCGCCGCCGCCAUCUUGGCCGCCAUCUUGGCCGUCGCCGCCACCGCAUGCGCUGCCCGAGUCAGAUAG